AUGGACUGUUCUUUCCGUAGGAACUUUCGACAGAAGGUUGCCUGGAGUCAGUCAACGGUAAAGAUUGCUGACGAGGUCCCAAGAGGGGCCACUUCUACCAUCAACUCUAUCUAUUACACAUCUGCCCUCGACGAGGUCUUCAAGAAAAACAAAGCUGAGGAUGAAUCACUCAGGUGGCAGUAUUUUGGUUCUUCAGAUGGUCUUGUGAGAAUAUAUCCCGGCCGGGAGUGGUCGACAAAUUUCGCUGGGUUUUACAACGAUUAUGAUCCACGUGUUCGUCCCUGGUAUAUUGCUGCUACAAGUGGUCCCAAGGACGUUGUCAUCAUCCUAGACUGUAGCUUGUCGAUGGCUGGUGAGAAGUUUGCCAUUGCUAAGGGUGUGGCUAAAACUGUGAUCAACACACUCACCAAGCAGGACUACGUCAGCUUGAUCUGUGCUCGGGCUAGUCAUUGGGACGAAGUUGGAAAGUGGAAGUAUUUUUCAACUAAUGUGUUGAGUUGUCAGACUGAGAGUCUGGUCCCAGCGACCAUUGCUCAUCGGAAGGAUCUGAUAGAGAAGAUACAGAAGCUGAAGGCUGGUGGUACCAGUGAGUUGGAGAAGGGUUUUGACAUUGCGUAUGACUUGCUGACGGGUAAUGCAAGGACAGGAUGUCAAUCCCUCAUAGUGUUUGCCACUGACGGCCAGGAAAUGGACGGAGAAAACGUCCGGUGUGGUCCAGGGUACUACACUAGGAGCGGGUAUGUGCCAGGGCCCGUCUGUAAAUAUAACUGGACCAAAGUUUUCUCUGUGGCCGACGAGAAGAGGAAGUAUGCCCGUCCAGAG